UUAUUUUUUAAGCACGUCGAUUAGACGAAUUGUAUUUAUACUAACUAGUUACUAACACAAAGGUUAAAAAAAAAACAUUGUUAGAUACCAAAAGACGAUAGUCGAAUUUUUAUUAUUUUUUGGGUGAGUGCUUUAAACAGGCAAUAUAAUAUUUUUAGAAUAGUAGUUAAAAAACUAUAUCUCACAAUGAUCGAACCAGAGUUAUGGGGUAAAAACAAUGACUUGACUACCCUUGUCAAUAUUGAAUACAUAGAAAAAUUCAAGGAACUAAUUGUAUGGAAAGAAAAUGAAUCUAUUUUUGAAUUUGGAAUGGGAGAUGGAAGAAAUACAAAAGAGGCCCUGUUACCAAGAUUGCCAAAGAACUUUAAGGAAUAUAUCGGAUCUGAUAAAUCGGCAACAAUGAUUGACUAUGUUAAAACUAAUAUUUUAGAACCAAGAGCUACAUUUAUGGUAUUUGAUAUUUCCUCUGACACCGUUCCAGAAGAAUUUGAAAAUCGUUUUGAUCACGUAUUUGGAUUCUUCGUAAUGCACUGGGUAAAAAAUACCAGACACGCAUUUCAAAAUAUGCAUAAAUUAUUGAAACCUGGUGGCCAGCUGUUCUUAACAUUCAUUGAUGAAACUUCAGCCGAUCCUGUAUAUUUUGAUUUCUUAAAACAUUCCAAAUGGAGUAAAUAUAACCAUGAAUGGUUAAUAUCACCGUAUUUUAACCAUCCGGAUCCAGAAAAUGAAUACAAAAAGCAACUUGUUCAAGCAGGUUUCGAGCAAUUCGAGUACCAACGAGAAAAGAAAAUUUACAAAUUCCCUAACGAAGAAUCAUUUAAAGGAUUUUGUCUUAGUGUAAAUCCUGUUCUAAAAGAAGUUUCCAAAGAAGAAUAUGAUGAGUAUAAAGCAGAGUACCUGGUAAAAAUGGCAAACAACAAAUUAAAUUUUACAAAAAAAUGUUGUGAAACAGGAAAAACUCUUUACCAUUCAAGUUAUGAACUAAAUGCUGUUUUAGCUAACAAAAAAUGAAACAGAAAGUGAUUAUAAUACUGAAAUUAAAUAUAUUAAUAGUGUUUAAUAAUAUUUCUUUGUUAUAUUGUACUAUUCAAAUGGAAAUAUAUCAUAAAUUACAGAUUAAUAAUUAUAAAAUAACAUUUUUAAAUAAUUAGAACCAUAUAUAUAUUUAAACAUGUAAUUAAAAGCUUUGAGUUAUAAAAAAUAAAUAAAUAAAAGGGCGGCAACAAUCUCACGAGCCCAAACGCCAAACCUUGCUUCCAGG